AUGGCCUUCGUUCCUCUUGCUCCUCUUCCUUCAACGAAGUCGUUCCUCUUGCUUCUCUUCCUUGUUGUACUCCUAUUUCUCUCCCACCAGCAGCGCAUCUGCCUCAUUCACCGUGAUUCCCCUGAGUCACCUCUUUUCGACUCAAGCAGCACCACGGACGAGAAGUGGCGGUGGUUCCACCAGCGCUCGGUUGCCUACCGAGACCACUUCCAAGCAGCCCUAGAGGGCUGCCGCAAGUCGCUGACGCCGCUGGCUAGAGAAGAUGAGGAGGCCGGCUUCGAUCAGAUCAGUGGAGAAUACGUGAUGGAAUUUGCCAUUGGCACCCCUCCGGUGCGGGUGACAGGGAUGCUAGAUGUUCCGGGCGACUUCAUCUGGACUCAGUGCGUGCCGUGUCCCGGCUGCAGCCCCUCUCCGAGCCCGCUCUAUGACCCCUCCAAGUCCUCAACACACAUCACCUUCUCUUGCUCGUUGAUGGAAUGCAUUAGUCUCGAGAAGCAUAAAUGCAGUAGCAACGAUACUUGCGAGUACAUCCAGUCCUAUGCGAACGACGUCCCGACCAGCAGUGUCCUCACCUCCGAUGUGUUCAUGAUCAAUAGUGUCUCCUACAAUAACAUGCCUUUUGGUUGUGGUAGUGAUGACUCCUUUUAUACAAGACAAGUUCCAGCAAGGGUGGGCCUCAUCGGGAGCGACAUGUUCUCGCUCGUGUUCAAAUUUAGUUCUGCACCGUUUACCUUCUCUCAUUGCUUUAGGAAGGAUUGGGAUGACCCCUUCGGGAACACCUCCAGCGAUCUGCACCUCGGGACGGAUGCGAGGUUGAAAGGCAGGACGUCGAGCCCCCUAACCAAGUGCCGUGUGGGCAAGACGGUGUAG